GUGCGUCAGCCAUUUUUGUGGCAAAAGCAAGUUGUAGUUAGCGGCAGUGGAAAUAGGGCCUUAUGCAUCCAUACGUUUUUUAAAUAUUUACAUGCAUACAUAUGUACAUAGUUGGAUUAAGAGUUACUAACUUGUUGCGAAACGUUCAGUUCUAGUUCGUGCGACUGAGAUCUUGUGUCGAAAUGUCGAAGAAUAAAAUAAACACAACUACGGCGAACGCCGAGACCAAUUUAAUCGAAGUGAAAUCAAAGUUCGACGCAGAAUUUAGACGCUGGAGCUUCAAGCGUAACGAGUCCGAGCAAAGCUUCGAAAAGUUUGCAUCACUCAUCGAGCAUCUCCAUAAGCUGAACAACAUACAGUUUUUAAUACUCUACAUAGAUCCCCGAGAUAAUGAUCUGUUGCCUAUCAACAACGAUGAUAAUUUUGGUCGUGCGUUAAAAACGGCGCGACCCCUGCUUCGCAUCAUAGUACAGCGAAAAGACGAUUUGAACGAGUACUCUGGUUUUGGUACGAUGAAGCCGCGUAACCUAAUUGGCAGCAUUCUGCUCGGCCACACUCCCGUGAAACCCAAAGCGCCAUCGAUAUCCAUACCCCAUGAUUUUCGUCAGGUGUCGGCCAUCAUAGAUGUGGACAUAGUGCCGGAGACACAUCGUCGCGUGCGGCUGCUAAAGCACGGCAGUGACAAGCCACUCGGCUUCUAUAUUCGCGACGGCACCUCCGUGCGUGUGACGGCAAGUGGCUUAGAGAAACAGCCGGGCAUAUUUAUUUCGCGACUAGUGCCUGGUGGGUUGGCUGAGAGUACAGGCCUGUUGGCGGUGAACGAUGAGGUUAUUGAAGUGAAUGGCAUUGAGGUGGCUGGCAAAACGCUGGAUCAGGUAACUGAUAUGAUGGUUGCCAACAGCUCCAAUCUCAUCAUCACCGUGAAGCCGGCAAAUCAGCGCACUCUCACAUCUCCACGUCGCGGCUCCUUCUCCCGGAACAGUCAAUUAUCCAGCGGCUCGCAACAAACGAAUCACACAAACACAUCCGAUGAAAACGAGCAUGACGACCAGGACGACAUUGUCGACUUGACUGGUGUGACGCUCGACGAAAGCCCUACCACGGCAGCGGGCGCAUCGUCCGUCCACAAUCAUCAGUCCUCACCGUUGUUGCAUCACCAGCAGGCGGCCUCUAAUGCAUCUACAAUCAUGGCCAGCGAUGUCAAAGACGGCGUCCUGCAUUUGUGAGCAUCCCACAAAGGAUAUGGCCCAACAAGAACAACAUAAAUAAUAACAAGAAUAGGAUCAGCAAUGAGUACGACACUUUCGGAAGCAAUCUCCCAGAGCCAACGCCAUUCAGCAAUAACAACAACAACAAUUUACAUGUAUGUAGUUGGCGGCAUAUCGAGUCCUCAAAAGGUUCAGGCAAUGAUGUUGCUAAGCCAAGCCUAUUGUGUUAGUCAAACCCCACACAUUUUAAUAUAGAAGUUACAUUUGAUUUUUCAUAUUUACCUGUAAUUCGUCAGAGGAGUACGAGUGCGAGAGCGAGCGAGAGAGCGCGAUAAAACGGGAGAGGGAAAGCAAAUGCGAGCGAACCUCAAAUGUAAUUUGUUGAUUCGCUUCGCUAAUUGGCAAUGUUAAGGAGUUGCAUAAAUACAUAAAACUAUAUAUACAACACUCUCAAGACUCAUUUAAAGACACACACACACAUUCCAUUUAAAUAUAUAUAUAUAUACACACACAUGCAUUUGGAGCGGCACAAAACCCACUUUAUCUUCCAAACCCACAGAGGCAAAUUGUUCGAUAUUAGUUCAUUUUUAUUUGGUUUUUUUUUUUUCAACAAGUAGUUAGAUGUCGUCUAUUCAAGUUAUAUGUCUAUGCUCACAGUUGUUUAUAUAUUUAAAAGAAAAUAAUACAUAUUAACAAAUAAUUAACGUAAUAAUCAGCUUGACAGUAGAGUUGAUUAUAUUUUGAAAGCGUCGAUGCUUAGCUCUACUCUUCAUAGCUUAUGUCGAAAGAAAAAGAAUCAUAAAUGUUCAUCACUAACUGCCCGCGCACCUUUUUUAUAAAUAAGCCUUUGUUAAUAUUGUGUUAUUUUAAAGUUGAAAUUUAUGUUUAACUGACUUUCAUUAUAUGUUUCAACAUCCUUCAACAUAUCCUCAAUAAACUGAUUUAAUGUUAAGUACAUAUAUGUACUAUAUAUUUAUGCCAAAAAAAGACACUAUUAAUUUAUCUUGUUUUGUUUGUUUCCUCCAAAAAAAAAGGCCAAAUAUGCUAUUUGGCUCGAGAGGAAUGUUAUGAAUGGUUCAAAAUUGAGUUUAUUUUCAAUGAUGUGUAUUUGAAAAUGCUAACAAUUUCGAACAACUUAGUCGUUGGAGCGCUGUGGCAUCUCUAAUUCUAAGUAUAUAGGACUGGAAUAACUUUUAGAACAUUCCCCCAACAUCUAAACUGAUCCAAUUUCCUUUUAAAUUCUUUAUAGUCCAUCUAUAUUUUCAUAACUGAUAUACCAAAACAAUUAUAAAGUGACUUAUGAUAUAGUUUUAGCAACACUUUCAAAGACACCAAAAUAGCUUAAGUAUUAGCAGAACAAAUUCGUGGAUACUCGUAUAUCAAAUGAUUUGCCUCUUCAUGUUGGAAUCAUACAGACGGUUUUGUGUUUUAAAAGUGCUGUCUCCAAAUUAUUAAAAGUACAGUGAUUUAUUGUCUUAAAAUUGUUAUUCAAAUGACUUAAUAGUUAUAUUACUAUUAGAAUUUUAGUGACCCUUCGUAUGAAAAAAAGUUUCUUUGGAGGUUUGUUUUUAAUUCCGAUUC